GGAAGAUUACUCAAAUAACACUAAUCUUUGUUUUUAUUACUAGAUUAACACUUAUUUUUUUUUAUUUACAAAACUGUUUUUUGUACCCAAAUUGCCCUCAUGUCCUUUGUUAACAAAAAACAUAUUUACUAAAAAUGCCAUUACCAUUUUAUGAAAAAAAAAAAAAAAAACAAAAUUGAUAAAAAGUAUGCCGUUAAAAACCUGCGAUACAUGAUAACAGAUUUAUUAGUUUCUGGCAAAUUUAAUUCCUCCCGCAGGUUUACCUUGGCAUACUUAAUAUUGUUAUAGACUUUUAUAAAAACUCUGCCAUGCAUUACAAUAGACAUAUUUAAGUUAGCAGAUUUGUUUAAGCUGGCAGACUUUUAUAGCAGAUUUUUAGUCCUAUGAUAGCAGGUUCUUAAUAUGUGGAAGACUUUUUUUCGGAUCAAAGAUUUCUGUCAUGGACUUUUUUUAUUUUGGCAGAUUUUUCAAUAUCCGAGAUGGCAAACUUAUAUUAUCUUACUUUAUCUAUGGCAAAGUUUUCGUAUAAUAUUCUUUAUAGCAAACUUAUAAGUUAAUAGCAUACUUCUAUAUACGACAUGGCAGACUUUUAAGAGUUUUAUGUAGUGACAGACUUUUUUAAAAUAAACUAGAUUCCGGUUUAGUAAUUAAACCGAGUAAAAUUAAAAUUUCUGGUUAAGUUAUUACGAAAUUGAGCCAAAAAAUCAAUCAUUAAUUAACUCCUAGGUUUAGCCGUAACAUCUCCUCCAAGACAUGUUUUUUCUCAUUUACUAACAACUGGAUUUCACGUUAAUCCCAAAAAAAAAUUGAUGGAAGGUCUUAAAACAGUUUGUGGUCAGUGGGUAUUCGAGAAGGAAAGGUGGAUGUUUCACGUUGAUAACAAAAGAGGAACCAAAGUAAUUCCAGUGAAUGACAACACAAGCUUCGAAGAUUUGAUAAACAAGGUUCACGAGGAUUACAGAUUAGAUAAGGGACAAGUUAACGUUGAAUUGAGUUACAUGUUCAGCAAGAAGAGUUUGAAGAAUCUUAAUCUUGACACACCCCCAGUAAAAAUUGAGAAUAUCUGUCAGUUGCAAGGUUUCUUCCGUGGCCUAAAGUUUGAACGAGUUCGGCUAUGCGUGGAGGUCACUUAUAAAGGCAGCGAAGAGACGAUGAAACAGAGCACUCACGGAGAACAUGUAGAUCAAUCUGACGAAGACUCAGACACUGACGGAGAACGGUUUGACUAUUGCGAUGAUUCAGAUGGUGCGACUUCAGAUGAUGAGGACUUUAUAGCCUACGGAUUACCACUAGAAGUAGAUACAGAGAUGAAGAAGGAGUAUAAGCCACAGAUUGGGUCAGCGACAAAAUCGAAAAAGGCUGGAGUAGUCAUUCCGCAUGUUAGGCAACAACUGAAUUCUAUAAAUAUAGUUGUUGGCCAAAGUUUUGACUCCAAGUCUGCAUUAAAAACACGACUUAAGAUCUUGACGAUAGUGCAACAAUUCGAUUAUGAUGUUGAGUACUCAACACCAACUCUGUUAAUCGUAAAGUGUUGGAUUAGAGGCUGUAGUUGGAAGUUAAGAGCAUCACCAACAAGUAAUACUCCUCGCUUUACUGUACGCACCUUUGUUUCUGACCAUACUUGUUCAGUUACAGAAAGAUCAGCUCGCUGCAGACAAGCAACACCAGAGAUUCUCGGAUCUUUAUACACUGAUUUCAUUGGUGGAGUGGAGCCAACCAUUUUGCCAAGUCAUGUGAAAAAAUCCCUGAACAUGUGCUUUGGAAUAAAGAUUAAUUACUGGAAAGCUCACCGGACACUGAAAUGUGCAAGAGAAUUGGUUAGGGGAUCCGCAGAGAGUGGCUACCAUGAGUUACCUGUGUAUCUACACAAGAUUAGAGAAGCAAAUCCUGGGACAUUCACUCGCCUUGUAGUAGAUUCUAGUGACAGAUUUAAGUACCUUUUCAUUGCAUUUGGUGCUAGCAUCAAGGGCUUUCCAUUCAUGAGGAAGGUUGUUGUGGUCGAUGGCACAUUCUUGCAAGGAAAGUACAAAGGGACUCUACUGAUUGCAUCAUCACAAGAUGGCAACUUCCAGAUAUUUCCAAUUGCAUUUGCGAUAGUGGAUACUGAAAACGAUGAAUCAUGGAAGUGGUUUUUCAGGCAACUGAGCUGUGUGAUACCAGAUGAUGAAAGACUUGCUAUUAUUUCUGAUAGACACAAAUCAAUUGGCAAUGCAAUUUCCGAGGUCUAUCCAUCUGCCAGCCGCGGAGUUUGCACUUACCACUUGUAUAAAAAUGUCUUGUUAAAGUUUAGAGGUCGCGAGUUGUUUGGUUUGGUUAAAAAGGCAGCUAAUUCAUUCAGGCUUUCAGAUUUUGAGACCACAUUCGAUGAGAUAAAAGCAUUGCACCCAGCUUUGCAUGGCUAUUUGCAGAAAGCAGAUGUACGGAAGUGGGCACGAGCUCAUUUCCCUGGUGAUAGGUACAACUUGACUACAACCAACAUAGCUGAAUCUAUAAACAGAGUGCUUUCAGGUGCAAGGACUUUGCCGAUUGUAAGACUUUUAGAAGCAAUAAGGCAAAUGAUGACGCGCUGGUUUUCGGCAAGGAAGAAUGAUGCAUAUUUGAUGAAAACAACUCUAACUCGUGGAGUUGAGAAGCUUUUAGAGGGUCGUGUGCCAUAUGCUAAAAUGCUAAGCGUACAACAGAUAGAUAUUCACCAAUAUCAUGUUUCUGGUGUCUCAACUACACACAUAGUGAAUUUGACAGAGCGGAGAUGUUCAUGCCGCAGAUUUGACAUAGAAAAGUUACCAUGCGUACAUGCAAUUGCGGCAGCAGAGGCGACAAAGUUAUCAACGAUUUCACUAUGUCAUCAAUACUACCGUGCAAACUAUAUGUACAAUGCUUACUUUACUGCAGUACUGCCAAGAGAUGCUGAUACAUCAGUUCCUGAUAAUGUCGCAGGAAUCAUUUGUUUACCUCCUGUGGUCCGCCAACCACCAGGGAGACCCAAAAAAUCAAGAAUGAAAUCUUGCCUUGAGAAAGGUGAAAAUAAGAAACGCCCAAGAAAAGAGCAUAAAUGUUCUAUUUGUAAUCAGGUUGGUCACAAUUGUAAAACAUGUUCUGUUCUUUAGACAAUUUGACUCUUUUGUUUUUUUUUUGUUUCGGUUUGGACU